UGGCCACACUAAUAUCCAGAGCAUGAAAAAGGGGGAAUAAAAACUAAUUUGGACAAAGCAACAACAAGCAGCAGUGUCAAUUGCCAAAGCAAGCAACGGAUCAGAAAAUAGCUGCAGGACUUACUUAGAUCGACUUGCAACAUGUUUGCCAGCAAAUUGUUGACCUGCUCGGCACUAUUAUUGCUCAGUGGGGCAGUUCUAUCUCAAAAUUUGUUUAGUUUGACUGGUGCCGAAUUUAAAACUCCUAAAACAAACUUGGAUCAAACGAACCCAUUGACCACCACACCCACAUCAACCUCGACGACUUCAAAAACCACAGAGAAGCCAACCACCUCUAGUUCAACAUCGAUCACUCCGACGACAUCCACCACUACCUCCACAGAGCCGCCAAAGACAACGACUACACCAGCACCGGUGCCAACCACGACUCAUGCCCCACAACCCAAUCCUCCGCCCUCCGUAGGCACUUGGAAUGCCUCCUGCAUUCUGCUUCAAAUGGCAGCCCAACUUAACUUCACCUACGAAGCUAAGGAUGGAAACCUUACCCACGGCCUGUACAACAUCCCUAGCAAUGCCACGGUUGAAGACAAGGAGUGUAAUAGCAAGACCACCCAGGAUAUUCAUCUUAUCUGGGGUCCCGAUACUUCCAAGCAGUCGUUGCUGAUGUAUUUUGACAAAAAGAACGACACCACUGUGCUCUCCUCAAUCCAAAUUCAUCUGACGGUGCUGCCCGAGGACUUCCCCGACGCCAAGGAAAACCAAACUAUUCAGCUCCUUCAUAGGGGCGAUGGUGAGUUUAAGACGCCGGAAAAGAUGUCCUUCCAUUGCACACGUGUUCAGAAGAUGAAUCUGACCGAGACCGUGGAUGCUAAGCAGUUGAUCGGAUGGAUAAGCGUCAGCCACCUCCAGGUUGAAGCCUUCUUAUCGGCUAAUGCCACUGGAUUCUCAGCCGGACAUGAUUGCGACAGCUCUGAAACGUCGGACGUGGUGCCCAUUGCCGUUGGCAUUGCCUUAGCCGCUCUUAUUCUGGUCGUUCUUAUAUCGUAUUUGUGUGCUAGGCGUCGUUCUACUUCCCGCGGCUAUAUGAGCUUCUAAGAGAAGAGCGUCGACUUAUUUGGGGCAGGUUAAAAACGCAAUUGAAAAAGAAUGGAAAGCAAAUCGUUAGAGAGAAAAUUAAGAUUGAUUUUAAUAAUUGGAAGCUGUCUGUGAGUAUGCGAAAAGACCCAUUUUGUUUUGUAUCUUAUGGUUUGUAGAGGUUGAAGUCGUCUGUUUUGUCCAAGUCGGCGUUAAAUUGGCUGGAAUGUGAGGUACAGGGAGAAGGAGAUUCAGGAAGCUGAAUAGUUGGUUAGGAAUAUCAAAAAGUAUAAUCUAAAACGGGGGUUAUUUGUCUGUAGCUGUCGAAACUUUGUAUUGUGAAAUGAAAUUGUUUGAAGAGAGAAACACCUAAAAUUUUAAACUUACAAUAGAAACACAUAUUUUACUCAAUAAACCAGUCACCAAAAUCAAACAAGGAAAGUCGAACAAUGGAGAGAUCGUACCAUAUGCUAAAAUAUGACGAUAUCAACGGCUAAAUUUUCUAUUCAAAUGGUCAGCAUUUUAACUUUUCCACCCCUGUUUUAUGGCAACACAAAAGAUGUAUGUAUUACUGGCCUUAAAAGCGUAAUAAAAAUAGUAUUUAAAAUAUA